AUGCACGGCGCUCUCCGAACGGAGCGGAGGCGGUCACGCUCGGGCGCCGCGCUGCGAGAUCGCUAUCGGCGGCGCCUUCGCAGGGCGACGUCGCCGUGUCCUCGCGCUCGCGGACGAUGCGGCCGCAAAUGGCGCAACGCAGCGGAGGCCGUGACGCCGUGCGGCCGAGAGAAUGUCGGCUCCGCGCGGGAGCGAGAAACGAGCGCGCACGAAACGUUUCGCAACUGCGGACUGCGGAUGGGCUCACGGGGCCCAAAAUAA